AUGCCUACCGAGGCACAGUUCACCGACCAAUCACAAUCAUCUUCGAGGACGGUUAAGAUAAACUCUGGAAGGCUCUAUUCGCCUCAGUUAUUUGCAAUGAUAUCUGCUUCAUCAUGCUUAGUUAUGUCACUCCGUCCGCAGCUUACACAAAGCCUACCGCAAUGGAGGAAUAUUACUUUGAGCUGCGGACAUUGCUUAUCAACUAAGCCUGGACUUCGAUCGACGGCGCCGUUUUUCAGAACUCUGGUACUCGCCAGUUCUCAUUGGAGGUAUCGAGGCCAAGCAUCGCGACGUACACCUACCGGGCGGUCACUAAAGCUUCGUGCUGUGUCUCAAACGUCUCUGGACCGGUAUGCAACAAAUUCGACACAAACGCCCGCUCCUGCGCAAUAUUCGCCGCCUCAAACCGGUCUAAUUUCGCACCUUCCCAAGUCUUGGAUACCAUAUGCCGAAUUAAUACGCCUUGACAAGCCGACUGGUACAUAUUACCUCUUUUUUCCUUGCCUAUUUUCGACACUUCUAGCCGGCUCGCUUGCCAAUCCGAUUGUACCUCCCGUCGAAAUACUCGCAAAAACAGGUCUAUUCUUCACUGGAGCGUUGAUUAUGCGAGGCGCAGGAUGUACUAUCAACGACCUUUGGGAUAGGAAUUUAGACCCCCAUGUUGAACGGACGAAGUUUCGGCCACUCGCUAGAGGGGCAGUGACCCCUCAAAACGCGAUAAUCUUCACAGGCUUCCAGCUCCUUGCUGGUCUCGGUGUUCUCCUUCAGUUUCCUACUCAAUGCUUAUGGUACGGAAUCCCUAGUCUUCUCCUUGUUACAACCUACCCAUUAGCCAAAAGAGUCACGGAUUACCCGCAAUUCGUUCUGGGAUUGACAUUUUCUUGGGGAGCAAUAAUGGGAUUUCCGGCAUUGGGUAUUGAUCUUUUAAGCCGCCCAGAGGCUCUGGGGGCUGCGGCAGCACUAUACUCCAGUUGUGUCGCUUGGACAGUGUUGUACGAUAUGAUAUAUGCUCACAUGGACAUCAAAGAUGACCUCGCGGCUGGAAUCAGGUCAAUCGCCCUACGUCACGAGCAUAAUACUAAAACUGUGUUGUCUGGUUUGGCUGUGACUCAAGUCGCACUUCUUGCCGCUGCUGGAGUAGUCGCGGGAACUGGACCUGUCUUCUUUGUUGGCAGCUGUGGCAGUGCUAUCCUUACUCUCGGCAUAAUGAUUUGGAGAGUUCGCUUGAAGGAUGUGAAGAAUUGUUGGUGGUGGUUCAAGCACGGUUGCUGGAUUACAGGCGGAGGCAUAGCACUUGGUCUGCUCGGCGAAUAUCUUGCUCAAUUGUGGGGCUUGUAUGAUGGAAAGGCCGAAUACAGCAUCGAAAAAGGCCGCAAUGCUACGCAAGACGCCGCAUGA